CCAAACACAAUUAUUCAGUCGGUCCUAGAAAGACACUUUAGACAACUAAACCGGAGUGAGGAGUUAAGGAUGAUGCAGCGGACUGUGUUUCGUAGAGCCGCGCUCCUUGCGCAACAAGCGGCUCUGGAAAGCUCACUACCCACAAAAAACAUGAUUAUGAUGCUGCGCCUGGACCGCUGCAUGUCUUCAGUGUCAAUUCCACCACCGGCUUGCAUGCUCCGACCACUCGAGGCACCUUUCCGCUAUUUGUUUGGCCCAGGACCGUCCAACGUGCCUCCACGCGUGUUAGCUGCAGGGGGCAGGCCGAUUAUUGGCCAUUUGCACCCAGAAAUGUAUGAGAUCAUGAAUGAUAUCAAGAAGGGGAUCCAGUACGCCUUCCAGACAGAGAACAACAUGACAAUAUCCAUGAGUGGCUCCGGGCACGCGGCGAUGGAGUGCGCGGUGUUCAAUACGGUUGAGCCCGGAGAAAGUGUCCUUGUGGCAAUCAACGGAAUUUGGGGAGAACGCGUGGCUGAAAUCGCUGAAAGAAUUGGUGCAAAGGUUCACACAAUGGUGAAACCACCAGGUGGAUAUUUCACUAAUGAAGAAAUCGAACAGGCCAUGGCCAAACACAAGCCUGUUCUGUUCUUCCUCACACAUGGAGAGUCCUCCGCUGGCCUUUGCCACCCAGUAGAUGGCAUUGGUGACGUGUGCCGCAAACACAACUGUCUGUUUCUGGUGGACACCGUUGCAUCUCUUGGGGCAGCACCAAUCUUCAUGGAUAAACAGAAUAUUGACAUCCUGUACACUGGCUCACAGAAGGCCUUAAAUGCCCCUCCUGGUACAGCACCAAUCUCCUUUAAUGAGAGAGCAUGCCACAAGAUGUUUAACAGGAAAACAAAACCUGUGUCCUACCUUUUUGACAUGACCCACUUGUCCAACUACUGGGGCUGUGAUGGACAACCUGCCAGGCUAUACCACCAUACAGGACCAGUGUCUGGGUUCUUUGCCCUGAGGGAAAGUCUUGCAAUUCUUGCAGAAACUGGGCUGGAGGAGUCAUGGAGGCACCACAAGGAGGUGGCAGCGCACCUCUAUAAAGGUCUGGAAGAUCUGGGACUCAAGCUCUUCAUCAAGGACAAAGAUCUGAGACUUCCCUCUGUCACCACCUUUGCCAUCCCUGACGGCUACAACUGGAGGGAGAUGCUGACCUAUAUUAUGAAACACCACCAGAUGGAGAUGACGGGGGGGCUUGGGCCCUCUGUUGGGUUGGUGAUACGUGUGGGCCUGAUGGGAUACAACUGCCAGAAGACCAAUGCUGACCUGGCACUGGCUGCACUCGAAGACGCACUCAAGCACUGCAAAAAAAGCAAAGCAUGAGGAAACGUGAAGCUUUGAAACAUGCAGUCUGAUAUACCUGAGAACAGCUAGAUAAAUGGACUAUGAAGGCAUCUAACUGUGACAGGAUGAUUUGUGUUUGUGACCAGAGCUUUUAACCACCUUUUGUAUAAAAAAAUAUUUUCUUGAGCAGAUCUUACUAACUGCAUGCGUGUUAACAAUAUGCCUAACAUAGAGCUACUUGUUGAUAAUACUAACAUAUAUAAAACUAAAUAUAUUACAUAAUUUGUCUUGAUAAAAGCAUUUGCUAUAUGAAUAAACUGUCAAAUGUAA